AUGGUGAGUGGUCCUCACGUUGCCGCCUCGGCGGCGUCUAGAGGUUACGACGAUGCCGAGAACUACGUUACGUAUUCGAACACCAAUGGAAGCGGCCAACAUUCGGCCUCCGUUAGCCGCCAGGUGCUUCAAGGUCGUUCCCCCGGCAUGUUUGGCAUCGCCGUCCGCAGAUUCUCCACUACCGAUGGGACGUCGACCCCGGCAUCGUGGUACUACUCGGUCCCUGAAUCCAGGUCCGGCUAUGGCUCAAACACGCCACUGAGCGAUGCACCGUACGAGCAUGAGGUGAUCCUGCGGAGCUACUUCCACGGCCAGCUGGCGGACGUGAUGAGACGUUCGAUUUGGUGGACCAUUAUGGGGCUGCUGAUGGCCGAAUUAAUGCAACGGAACAAUGCAAUUACGACAAGCCGAACAGUCUUCAACACGUCUCUGCUGUUCGCGUCGCUGUUUUCUGAUCUGAUUGCGGAGGUUUGUUUGAUUAAGCGCGCAUGGCAAUCACGCCCGCAGAGUAUGACCAUUCGGAAACUGCUGUGUUUGACUCUCCUGUGGCGCCUGGCAAUCUGGACGAUACUGCUGCCGGCGUCGUAUUGUUUCUUCAGUAUGUUCAGCCACAUGUGGUUACAAGUUUUGCAGACUUCUAUCUGCCGUUGCCGGGCGUAUUUUCGUGGUGGUGCCUACUGGCUGUUGUGUUGGAUGGCUUUCAAGAGGCCCUCUCCAACACUUCUGAUUUAG